AAAACCAAUGUUUUAGUUUAUGGUGACAAAGUAAGCUUUCAAAAAAUGGUGGCACCCAUUGCUGUUUCUUCUCCAAAGUCCACACUUUUGCAGAAUCCCAUCUAUUUGGGCGACUCAAGUUCAAGUUUUGUUGGUGGGUCUUUAAAGGGUCUUUGUUUGCAUCUUAAACCAAAGCAACAAAGAAGAGAUUUAACCAAUUUGGCUGUGGCUUCAGCUGGUUCUACUGUCACAACCAGUAAUGCUAGUAGUGGAAGAUUUUACUUCAAUUUCACUGGGUUUCCUUUCCCAUUGGGUCCUUUCCUCAACAGGCGCACUAUUAGGACUGAGGCUGUGAAGGGCUGUAUAUGGCUAUUUGAACAAGAACAAGCAUUAGGCUUCAGCAGUGUUUCAACAAACAUCAGAAUGACAGUUAUCAAACUCAAAUCCGGGGGGUUAUGGGUCCAUGCACCCAUAGCUCCAACUGAUGAGUGUAUUCAGCUUAUUAAGGAGUUAGGGGCUCCUGUUGAAUACAUUGUUCUCCCUACUUUUGCUUAUGAGCAUAAAGUAUUUGUUGGUCCAUUUUCUAGAAAGUUUCCCCUUGCUCAAGUAUGGGUGGCACCAAGGCAAUGGAGUUGGCCAUUGAACUUACCAUUGGAAUUCUUUGGCGUUUUUCGUGCUAAAACCUUGAAAGACGAAGAUUUAUCCACUCCUUGGGCUGCUGAAAUAGAACAAAAGAUUCUAAGCUCUCCAGAAGUUGGAAUUGGACCCUAUGUGGAGGUAGCUUUCUACCACAAGCCUUCAAAAACACUAUUCGUGACAGAUGCUGUUAUUUUUGUACCAAGACAGCCACCUGAGUGUAUUAGCAAAGAGUCCCUGCUAGCAUCGGCAAAAAAUGGUUUGGCUGUAAAAAUUCUUAGUAAAGGAAAGGAGGUACCUGAUGAACCAGUAGUUGACAACAUAAGGAACCGGCAAAAAGGAUGGGAAAGAAUGGUUCUACAAAUCUUGUUUCUUGGUCCAUCAAAUCUUUUAGAGCCUAAUGCUAGCUUUGCACAGAUGUCACAGAAGUUGAUUGUUUCACCUAUUGUGAAAACACUAGUUUUCAGCAAAGUUCCUGAAAAGGUGAGAGAUUGGGUUGAUAGCAUUUCACGAGAUUGGAAGUUCAAGAGAAUCAUCCCUGCUCACUUUGCUGCUCCAAUAAAUGCAAGUAGGUCUGAUUUCAGAGCUGCAUUUGCAUUUUUGGACGAGUUUUUGGGCGAUCGUUACACAUCAUGGCCAUCACUCUCCCUUCUCUUCUCAUCAAUCAUGGGAAAGGCAGCCAGCUAUUUUCCUCCAGAUGACAUGAGGACUUUAUCAUCCCUUGACCAGUUUUUGGUUUCAGUUGGAGCUGUGAAGAAAACUGUUUCAGGCCGGAAACGGUGAGAAGGAGAUGCAUCACAACUUGGCAUCCCAAUACUUGUUAACUUUGCAAAUGUUAAAAAAUACGAAUAAUUUUGUUACCUUAGGAGCUUCAUUCUUAAGGAAGAUGUAAAUGUUUCUUAUUGGAAUAUACACAUAUGUAUGUAUGUCGUGAAAGCAAGGAAUAUGUUUUGCAUGGAAAGAUCUUCAUGACACAAGUUAGGAAAAGUACUGUGUU